GAGGAAUCUCUCCAAAUUUAAUUUUAGCACUGAAAAAAUGGGAUGCAAUACAAGUAUACAAUGCAUAUCUUGUGUGAAAACUGAAGCUUUUCACCCCAAAGAUUUCGUUUAGCACCAAAUAUGAUCGCAUGGACCCACACCACGCAUUUUUCUCAGAAUUAUGAUAAUUUGGUUAAAACGUCCAUAUGCUCUAGUAGGCUAAAUCUCAGAAUUCACUUUAAUGGUAUGCCCAUCUGUCCAAGCUACGAUUAGAAUUUUGCUUGCAAAUUCGCGCGGAAGUUCGACCGAGGCUAUUUCAGGAAGCUACGACAUAAAUUGCAGGAUAUGCCCUAUGAAUAUAUUGUACUACUAUAUCCAAAAUCCCAAACACUCCGGCUGCUAAGAAACUCUUCUGACAAAUAAAGAACGAAAGAAAUUUCAAUUUGUAGGCCACGUGACAUGAAAUGACCAAUAGAAUUCAUAUAACACCACCACUGAGUCUCCAAGAUAACCGUUACCGAAGCUGUGUCUUCACGUCGGGAAUUAUAGUUAUUUAGCGGCUGUUGUUUAUGAUUGAUGCUAACAAAGGGUCGUUAUUCAGGUAAAGCAGUAUAUUAAGGACAUAUUUCCAAUGGAAAGAAGAUUUUCUGCAGAGGAUACUGAGAGUCUGCUGUGUUAGGGUAGAAAGAUUUAUCAACCAAUUUAUGUCUUCAGAAUGAAAGGAUAAGACUGUAAAAAUUAACUGAGAGAAUGUUUCAGAAAGUGAGCAAAUGUUACAAAUGUGAUAUUUGUGGCAAAGAUCUGACUACAAAAUCUAAUUUAGCUAUUCAUAGGCGCACUCAUACUGGGGGGAAGUCAUACAACUGUGACGUAUGUGAGAAAACAUUCUCUCAAAAAGGAAAUUUAAGAGAACACAAACGUACACAUACAGGAGAGAAGCCAUUUCACUGUGAAAUAUGUGGAAAAUCAUUUUCUUAUAAAGAUAAUAUAAAGAUUCACAAACGUACACACACUGGAGAGAAGCCAUUUCACUGUGAAAUCUGUGGAAAAUCAUUUUCCACUAAAGGUUAUAUAAAAACACAUAAACGUACACACACAGGAGAGAAACCAUACAACUGUGAAAUCUGUGGCAAAGCAUUUUCAGACUGUAGUAGUGCAAGACUUCAUCAGCUUAUUCACACUGGAGAAAAACGAUACCAUUGUGAAAUUUGUGGCAAAACAUUUUCUCAAGUUGGUAAUUUAACAAGACAUGAACGUACUCAUACUGGGGAGAAGCCAUACAAGUGUGAUGAUUGUGGGAAAGCUUUUUCUAAUGCAGGUGCCUGUGAAAUACACAGAGGUGUUCAUUCGAAGCCUUUCCACUGUGAAAUCUGUGAUAAAGCAUUUUCUGUUAAAAAGUCUUUAACAGUUCACAAACGUAUUCACACUGGAGAGAAGCCAUAUCAUUGUGAAGUAUGUGGGAAAGGAUUUACAAACAGAGAAACCUUAAUGAGGCAUAAACGUGGUCACACAGGAGAGAAACCAUAUCACUGUGAAGAUUGUGGAAAAGAUUUUCCUGAUAUCAGCAGCUUAGGAAAUCACAAACGUGUACAUACUGGAGAAAAACCAUACUCCUGUGAAAUCUGUGGCAAAGCAUUUUCUCAAAAUGGUAGUUUAAAAACCCACAGACGUAUUCACACAGGAGAGACACCAUAUCACUGUUUAAUAUGUGGAAAAAAAUUUUCAUUUCAGACCAGCUUAAUGAUACAUAACCGUAUUCAUACUGGAGAAAAGCCACACUAAUGAGAAAUAAAUGGGAAAAUAUUUUCUGAAAUAUCUGUCCUAUUAGUUUAUAAACGCACUCAUACUGGGUAAAAACCAUAUCAGUGUGAAGUUUGUGGGAAGAAAUUUUCCAAUAGUGGCAGCUUAAAAAAGCAUACAUACACACACUAGAAAUCUGUGGCAAAGCAUUUUCUAACUUGAGUUGUUUAAUAAGGCAUAAUCGUACCCAUACUGGGAAAAAACCAUACAGCUGUGUUAUUUGUGGGAAAUCAUUUAAUCGCAGUGAUUAUAUAUCUACACAUAAAUGUACUUUUAAUGAUGAAGAUAAAUCUUACCACUGACUUUUAUA